UGAACGCGUUUUAGAGCGCAGAUAAAAGUUAAUAUUUUUCGUGUUGCAAAAUAUAAGAAAAUGUAAUUUUCCUAUUCAAACGCGCAAGUAAAGUCAAAAAGUACUUUUGUCAAUUGCUUUUAUGCAACAAGUGCAAACAAAUUAAAUAGAUGCUGUGUUAAAACUAUUUUACAGUGCUUAUAUGAAGAGGAAAAAAGUUCAGCGCAAAACCAUAGCAGCAAAUUAAGCGUAGUGACGUUUGGUGCUUUCGGACACAAGAAAAUGUUUAAUUAUCGUGUUUCUCUGCCGCAGCAUUUAUUAUCACCAUUAUCGCCCUUUCAUAAACAACAACGUAUUGCAUAGUCCACUUCCAGUGAGGCAGCAUACCAUUGUGUGUAUUGGAACUUCAAAAAACAAGCCGAAGGCGAAGGGGUAAUCUAAAAAGCGUUACGCAGUGGUCGUCAAACCGCAGCAGCCGCAGUACACCUUCCGCAAGGGUGUACCUGUGUGUGUAUGCGUUUUUGUUUGCUUGUGCGGCGUAGAUUAGCGGGUGGAAGUGGAGGUCGGUUGUUUGUCUUAUCAGCGCUCCAAAGUGAGCCCUGACGCCAGUGGGCUGCUUAUUGUGCCCGCAAUAGCACAGUCAACGUACGAGACUGUCGUUGGUGAAUAGUGCCGGCCGUCGAAGGUCAGUCGAUAUGAUAUUUAUUUGUUGUUGUAGUUUAGACUAAGUUAAGCAGAAUCGUUAUAUUUCGCACAUUCGUAUCAACGAAAGUUAACACGGCGCCGUACGUAGCGACAUAUUUUGUCGCGCGGCCUUACGCCAAAAGCUGGAUAUCGCAACAGCAGCCGCGACAUUUCUGUGAACAACACAACGAACCCUUUACAUGGACAUGACCGACAAGAAUGCUGGUGACAAUGGAACGCAGUGGUCGAAAACAUUGGAGUCACAAAAAGCUGCUCUUGCCGCAGAACAAGAAAAGCAACUUAACUCCUGCAUACAGCAACUGCAUCAGCAUCAGCAACGCCUAUACGACCCAGCAGCGUUAAUGCCAGCCCAUAGCAGCAUUUUUGGAGCAGGUGUUGGUGCCACACUCGGGCAUCCAGCACAUCCAGACGGUAUAGCAACUUACGCAAGUGCGCGCUUUCAUCCACCACCAAUACCAACUCAACAGUCAACAAUAGAUGCAACAAACGUAUCACAUACUAUCGCGCACCAGCAUUCCCAACGUCAACCGCCACACCUACAGCAUCAACCAUCACCAACGCAUGCACCAGCUACAGUGCUAACAGCGCCAGCAGCCGCUUCGCCUAAUGUACCUGUACAAAGUGGCUUUGUGCCGCCACCAUUACUGCCAGGUUCAGCUGGUGCUGUGACCGCUGCCGCAACGUCAGUUUUAACGCCAAAUCCAUUCGCAGUCACACAACAGUUGGAUCAUCUUACCUCACAUUUGAAUUUACAACAGCAAUUAGAGUUGAAUAAAAUCAUUAAUGCGAUGAACACACAGGUUAGCGCAGUUUGUACAGCAGGGGUAGGAGGCAAUAAUGCAGGCAACUUAGCCAGUCAGCGGCAAGCAACACGGCACAUUACAACCGAUGUGCCAAUGACUAGUGUUGGUACUAGCAGCAGCAGCUGUGGCGAUGGAAUUGGCGCUAUGUCUGGUGCUAUUAGUAGCACAAUUGCUGAGAAUGUUUUAAACGCGAUAAGCGCGACCCCAAAUAGCAGUGUUAGUUCCAGUGUACCCGCCGUGCAUGGACGUUUGACGGGUAUUGGUGUAAGGAUACCAGAUGAUGAACGAUUACAACAUAUACAGGGGGUAGUUGAGACGGGUCUUAGCGAGUUAGCGAAGCAGCAAAUAGAGCAAAUCGCCGAUCGCAUCGCAACACUGAAGCCGGUGGAAAAGUUGUUGCUUUAUUUGCGUUUGCCCGGAGAGACACCCGAAACAGAUCCGCUGCGCCAUCCGCAAAACCCAUUGGGCACACGUUCUGAAAUAAAUCACACCAUCAAUUGGGUACGCUCACAUCUGGAACAUGAUCCCAAAGUGUCCAUACCAAAACAGGACGUGUAUAAUGAUUAUAUCGCAUAUUGCGAUCGGCUCGACAUCAAACCGCUUUCCACAGCAGAUUUCGGCAAAGUAAUGAAACAGGUGUUCCCCGGCAUACGACCACGUCGAUUGGGCACGCGCGGCCAUUCACGUUAUUGCUACGCAGCUAUGCGUAAAACUACAAAAUUGGAUGCACCGCAACUGCCACUACUUGACACUGUUGCCGCCAAUGAGUCGUCAAUUAUUAGUAGUACAAGUAGCGCUGGCCUGCAGAAUGACUCGGGUGAGGGCAUUGCUGGUAAAGAAACCUGGGAAAUAAUACGUAGCUGGGCAGAAAAUGUGUUGCAUGUGAAGGUUGAUAGCGCGCAGGAGCUUGCGUCAUGCAUCAAAAACACUGUUAGCGGAGGCAAUGAAUUAACAGCAACGAAUGCGCGGACGGCCGGUGGUGCUGUGCAUAAAAAAUACACACCGCGUGAACCGAAAGAGAAACGUUUGAUGGCGGAUAUGGGUCCGCUGAAGAAACGGCGCAAGAGAAAACGCAAAGGCUCCUCAUCGUCAGAGUCCACUUGUAGUCAACCACAAGCACAGACGCAGCAACAUUCUACCACGUCGGCGGUCGAUGAGCAAGCAGUCGAUGUAAAACCAGCUAUAAAAGCUGAGCUGGUACAAAUCAAACAAGAAAUACUAGAGUCGCCCACAAUGCAGCGGGUACAACAUUUACCAGCUGCUGCGCCGCAGCUACCACAAAUGGCCACAGUCACAGACAACUUUUUGCAACAACAGCAACAGCAGCAAAUGUUGCCUAUGAAUUUGGUAACUGAGCAGCGAACUGUGUUGGCACGCGCACCACCUUCCGCCAGUGCCUUUGGAGUCGUCCAGCCACAACCUCAAACGUCACAACAACGACAACCAAUACGCACUGCCUUAGUUGGCGUACCCUCUAGUACAACAGCCGUCAAGAAUCUAACUCCGAAAAUCAUUGAACUGGGUGCAUCCACAUCAGCUGCAGGGCCAGCUAACGCUGUACAUGAGCCAACCACAGUUAUCAAGGAAGAAGAAUUUUUAGAUGAGUAUAAUCCGAAUAUAUUUUGCAAGAAAGUACGCAAAGCACAACAAACGAAGGGAUUUUGGGCCAAUUCGCCCACCUCCGUUUCGAGCAGUGUGGUCGUGCCUACUAUUACUACAACAGCACCGGCUAGUGAAGUAGUGGCUUUGUCAACAUCAUUGGCGGCUGUUGCAACUUCAGUUAUUGCAACGUCUACCAUGUCUUCUAGCCAUUCUUCGGCAUGUAAUCAAGAUGCAGGGCUUACACCAACCGAUUUGAUGGGUCCGCCCGCACAAAUUGGCGGCAACCCAUCCGUCAGUCCCUCAAACUCAAUAUUAGGCGCGGACAGUAGUGGGACCACACCUCAACCCCCAACUGCUGCAUCGCCUAAGGUCUUGUCACGGAAUAUGCUACAGAUGCGCGCUAAGCGUCAGCAAAUAAUCGCUGCUCUAACAGCCGAAGCGGCUGCAAAUGCGAAUAACAACCUACCCGACGGCGAUGCGAGUGAUCUACCAGCAAAUUUGGGAUUGCCGCGUGAACGUGUCAUAAGCAUAUGUAACAUGGACAAACACGAAUUGGACGAUUACUUCGUAGCUGAUGAAGUGGAGGAAGAACCGGAGGAUCAAGAAACCGAACUGCUUCAAUAUUUUCAGACGAGAGACGCUGAGGAAAAAUGGAAUUCCUUAGAUGCUAUAAAAUCCAGUAGGCAUCCAACAGCCUUGACGCAGGCAGCGAUUACAACAAUGCCAGCAACAACAAUGUCGACAGUAGUGGUGUCAACGGCGCUUGCAAAAACGGCAACGUUGGUGACGAAAUCAACGCCUCAAAUAGCCAAAGACGUUGGCAGGCAGCAAAGUGCACAAAUAGUUGCCACAGAUGGCUACAGUUAUGCAUCACAAUUGUCAAAUGGUGGUUUCACUGCCUCUGCCAGCAACAAAAAACACAUGGCAUUAGGCACGACAGCGACAAAAGCGGCAAACCCCACGACAACAAUGGCUGUUGGAUCAGCCUCAGCGUCUCUCACCUUUAUGUCACAGAAGCAUCAACAACAACAACACCAUCAACAGCAAAUGCAUUCACAGACCAGAAAAGGAGCUACGCAGCAAACUCUUGCAACAAGCCACAUUAACAACAACAAACGCAAAAUUAGUUUAAGUGGGCCAACACUAAAUGCCGCCGAAGUAAUGGCGACGCGUAAGAAUUGCAUUUUCUUUCCCAUAUCACCUAACAGCAAUACGGGAAGUGGUGGCAGAAGUGGCACAAAAAAUAUUGGCAACAACGCAAACAACAAAUUUAAUGGUAGCAAUGCAUCGUUAAAUACCGCAAACAUGUCCAACUCCAAUAACGGUAAUGGUGGUGGUGGCUCAUUCUUUGUCAGUCCUGGGCAAAGUGCGCAUCGGGUACGUCCCAAGCCAACGUUCGCGCUGGGUAAGCAGCUGUCCUUGGAUCAUGAUUCCAGCGAUCCGAUGAUCGGUGCCAGCCGCCGACGCCGAAGCUAUGCCAAUCUUGUCAUAUCCGGCGGCAGUAAUUCGCUCAUACCGCUAACCUCGGCCUCUGCACCGCCGAGUCCAUCUGUUUUACAACAACAACAGCAGUUCUAUGGUGCUGGUUUCUUUAACGAUACCAUGACUCAGCAGCAAUGCAGCAACAAUUCUGCAGGUGGUGCGGCCUAUAAUCAGCUCAAUAGUAACACUACUGUAAACGCGGCCGAUAUAUUGGCGGCUGACCAAAACUCGCUGGAUUUGGAUAUGUUUAGCGCUUCUGCGGGCAGAGCUAUGGAAUAUGAUGAGUUGGCACUGGAUGAACUUACAACGCCACUUAAUGAAAUGCAACGUUCGCAAUCGGUACCGCUUUCACAGCUGCAGCGCAUACAUUCACCGGCGUUUAAUCGUAGCUUUAUAAAUGCGCCUUAUUCUGCAUGCACGUCCGUUGCGCAAACGCCAGUGCCACACGAAUUUGCCGACUCAUCAACGCUUUUCUCCGAGAACAGCUGUAGCGAGACCAGUGGCGGCGCUAGCGGUGGCAUGAAUGGCAGGCAUAGUGCGCAAGUGGUAGCUGCUAAAUUACUGGACGACGAGGCCGCCCUAUUAGCGACUGAUACAGCCGCAAUGCUUGAUAACUUAGACGUAGCUGAAAUGUUUCCCGCAGAUUUUUUGCGCAUGAAAUUUCCAAAUAAUGUACAGAGUAACGCCGCAACAACCACUUGUUCCUCAGCGGGUUCCUCGUCAGGGUACAGCAGCAGCGCUUGCACGACCUUUGGCAGUGCUGCGCUAAUAUCAGGUACCGGCGCCAAUAGCUUACUCGGCAGCACCGGCAAUACAAUGUCCCGUUCGGUACCAUCCACGCCGCUGCCGCAUCAACAACAGAGCCCAUUUGCAUCAUACUUUUAUGGCGGACGCCGACGUCUCGAAGAGGAGGUACAUCUCUCUCCAUCGCUCACAACACCUGGCAAAACUGUGGGCGGCACGUUCACUACUACUGUUUUCAAAUAUGGCAACAAUGGCGAUGGUUCAGUAGAAGGUGGCGGGGGCAGCGUCAACAACAACUACGACAUGUCACGCUCCAUGCCAACGACGCCCACAGCAACACCACGUUUUCGCUAUAGUCCAACAGAGUUUACACGCGAAUUUCUUAGUAAUGGCAAUACCAAUACCAUCGACAGCCUCAUAAGCGGCAGCGCAAACGCCGGCAGUCUUACCGAUGCUGGGGCGCCCAGCGAGGGCCUAAGUGCCGCCCUCACAGGGCUCACCGGCAACAACGAUGCUCUUAUUGAUGACAGUUGUGGUCUAUCCACGGAUGCAUUCGUCAACCACACUGUUGCCGACGCUGAAUCAAUGAUGGCUGAAUCUAUCGAGCUGCUGGGAAAUUUGUAGAAUUUGCAUGAAGGGGAAGUGGAGUUGAUUAAUAGCAACGGCAACAACAGCAAGAACAGAAACAGUAACAAUACACAACCCGUAAAGUCAGAAACGUCUGAUGCGCCACGAUCAGUGGUUAUGCAACGGCUGGCCGCUGAUGAAGAGGAUGUGCAAGAAGUGGUGCCUGCGAGUAUUGUUGUUGGACUGUUGUUGGAGCAGGUCGGUAAGCUUUAAACAGUUUAUUGCCUUCGUAGUUCUUAUAUCUUACCACACACACACAUAUUUGCCAAAAGCCUUGUAAGGGAAGAAUAUAGGUUAAUGAUUGGAUUGAAGGGGAAAGAGGUUGCAAGUGUAUAACUGACUUUAUGCAAAAUCUUGAGUUUGUACAAUAGGAGGUGGAGGAGCUAAUUGACUUUGGAGAAUAUUUUAUGCUUUAAAUUCAUAACAACAUUAAUUACUUUGGGAGUAGCCAGAGAAAAGACGACUGUCGGUCAAAAUAGCCGAAGGUAUUCAAACGUUAAAGAAGCAAAGGAAAUUAUAAGCUGAGUCAGAAGUGUAGCUUACUGAAACAAUGAAAUACGAGUUUUUGAAAAGCCUAAAUGUUUUUGCGAAAUGCGUAAUAAGACGCUUUGAUCGCUCAUCAACAAUAGAAGGACGGCCACGCUUUCCUUGUUUUAAGUAAUCUGUGGGAUGUUUAAAAAUCUUUACCAAAGUAGUUUCACUUAUUUCAGCAAUUUCCCUAUUUUUUACCUUCCUCACGCAAGUGGACAACUAUUUUUACCAUGGAUUCUGAAAGGAACCUUCCGAAGUGCAUUUUUGCUUAUAUAACACGUGAAAUAAUAUCGAAGUCUUCAACGUUUAACUGAACGUAACGUAACGAAAUGUUUAAUACUUGGCUUUAAGGCUUGAUCCACUAUUUAUUUCGCACGGAAAAAACGCGUGUCCUAAAACGGUCCCGAGAAAAAAGUAAACAAAACUAAAAAUUAUUAUUCCCUGCAAAAUUGCAUUACCAGAGCUUAAAUCAGAUUUGUUCCGCGUAACAUAUGUUUUGGCCUAACAUAUUUCAGUUGUAUGGUUUUUAAACUAUUUGUGUCAUUAUUAAUUUCGCUGAAGUAGAAAAGCAAAAUAAUAAUAAUAGUUGCUUUACCUUUGAUUACCAGCAGGUCAUGCGUAGCGUACCGACGCAUUCGAGUAGUGAAGCCAGUCUGAGAGCCAGAGUUAUAUAAAAAGCUUUCAUAACAUGUAAGCGCUUUCAUUAUGAGUAGUGCUUUCACUUCUUUGGAAGUAGUUUCAAUUUAAAAAAGCUCAAGUGUUUUUAUCAUGUUCAAGAAGUUUCUGAAGCUUUUAAAGAUUUUACAGUAGUAUAAAGUCAGUUGCAACCUUGGAGGCAGUAAUAAGCUUAAAUAUAUUGAACUGGAGAACCAAAAAAAUGUGGGGAUUUUCCUCUUGCUGGGAUGCUGUAUAAAGGUCUCUUUUACAAGCCAUUUUGACAGUACAGUUUUACUUUGGCAAAUGUGUUUAGGACUCGAGAGCCAACAAAGCUUUCUCUUCAACCGUCACCGCGCCCAAAAGUGAAAAUUGCCCCUUUUUUUAUUACUUUAAUUUUCUAAUUUCUCCUAUUUACAUUAGGAAUACCAAAUACAUUUUUCUUUUUUUUUGUCUUUAAUUAACUAUUUAAUUUUAUGACACUCCAAACAUCAAUGUAAACUGAUUCUUUAUUAGGUAUUAUUUUUAUUUGUUAUCUCCAUUCAAAACUCGCUGUUUUUUGAGAAAUAAAUUGAUUGUAAAAUGUUGGAGCAUGUAUUUUUAUACAUGUAUGUAUAUUUAUUUAUAUAUGUAUGUGUAAUGUAUUGAUUGUAUUUAAUAUGUAAUUACACACUAAAAAGCUGUACAUACAUACGUCUACAUUUAUACAUGUAUGUAUGUAUGUCUGCGUUGUAGUAUAUGUAUGAGAAGUACAUUUCAUAUAGGGAAUUUUUUAUACAGCGCGAAAUUAUAAUAAUCCAAAAUAAAUUUGUAAAACGUUUUUCAACCUAUAAUUUCAAUUUGUAGACCCAUUUUCAGUUGAAGAAUGUAUAGCAUUCGGGUUAAAGCAAAGCAAAAAAAUAAUAAUAUUGUUGGUGAACGAUUACAGAGUUGCAUUUUUAUCGAAAUUAAAAAGAAAACCUGUUUUAAUUUGCUUAAAGCGGAGAAAUAUUAACAAAAACAAAUUAUCGAACUUAUUGAGGGUUUCAUUUGAGCGAUUGCCUUAUCAUACCGUACUCGUAUCGCCGGAAAAUUAAGAAAAUAAAAUAAAAUCGGUACUAUCUUUUUAUUAAAAAAACAUUUUAAAACACUUUGCGAAUUCGAUACCUACAUACGUACAUAUAUUGCUAGCAGUUAAAUUUCUUAACAUUAAUUGAAAGUUCGAUAGUUCGGAGUAAUUUUGAAAGCUCCAAGCUUCCGUAGUCACCGAAGGAAUCGAAAAGAAAAACAAACAUAAAUUAAAUAAAAAUAAUUUAACAAAAACUAAAGAAAAUAAAUUUUUUGUAUAUUUGUAAUAUAUUGGUAAUGAAAUUUUAGACCGCCCCAUAUGAUCAAAAUUUUUUAAAUACUACAUAGAAUGCAAAAAAAAUGUGAGCUUUUAUUGUAAAAUUGAUACUUAAUUUUUAUUUCAAUUUAUCAAUAUCAACUUUUAAUAAUGUAAAUAAUAUCUAUAAGCAAAUUUUGUUAUGUAUGUAUGCACAUUUUAUAUGCGUACAAAAAAAAUAUUUUGUAAAAAUUUCAUAAGCGCCUUGCGUGUAACAUAACGACAUUUUGUGUAGGUAUGUUUCACCGAUUAUGUUUAUCAUAAUUACUUUGUCCUUAUUAAAUAGCUACUUAGCAUUGCUGUUACAAAAAAAAAACAAAAAUUAUUUAAAAACAAAUUUAUAAAACACAUUUUUCAAGUGCACCCUGAAUUUUUAUUGUACUUCGUUAUGAAAAGUUACUGCGCCCUACAAUUCAAUUUACAAAAAUUAAUGAUUUGCUUAUUUAAAAAAAAUUAUAAAAUUUUGUUUUUAAAUAAGUUAGUUAUUUUAUUUUAAUAAGCUUUCUAAUUUUUUUAAAAUAAAUUGUUCAAUAAUUUUUAAACUUAAAUCCCGAAAUUCAAUGUACAUAUGUAUGUGUUAUUAGGGUAAGCAGAGUUGAAAGUCAACUUCCACUUUGAACAACUAACGUGUUUUAAACGAGCAAAGUUUUGUUUAUUUUCUCGAAAUUUACCUCGUGAAAGCAUCAAUACUAUGAGAAAUGAUAUUUGUUUCUUACGAGCUUCAGCAUUGGGCUGAAGUUUGGACAUAAGCUUUCCUAUGAACACUGGAUCGAAACCUUGAUAGGAGACUGCAUUUAUCAUGCUUUGCAUUACGUCAUCGAUUGAUAGAUAUGUUAUCAUCAUUGAAAUAAAGUCGUCAGUUUCAGGUGCUUCUGCUUCCAAUACUUAAAUGUCAAAAGUAGAAGGUCUAGUUGUCAUAGCAGAUGAGAUCUCCUCACCCAGAUUAAAACCAUUUCCUCCUUGUUCCAUUUUUGUAACUUUGAUUUUUCUUGAAUCUAUAGAUAGGGAUGAUAAACUUUGACUACUUGACUCAGAAAUGGAUGCUGUGGAACUCACUAAAAUUUGUGAUGUGGAUGGACAAACACAAGGGUCAAUAUCACACUGACAACAUACACUUGUUUGCUCAGGAGUUUUCUUCAAAAUCUUCUUCUUCCUCAGGAUCAAAUUAGCCUUCUGCUUUAACACUCUGAAUUCUGACAGAUGAGUUUUUAGACCAGCUGCAGAUGUCUUAUUUCCAGGAUGUAUCUUAUCAAAGAAAGCUUUUUUCUUCUUUUCAUUGUCUGGUAAACUUAAAAAUGUUAUUCUUUGUGUUCUGUUAUUCUCUAAUGUUAUUUAGAAGGUUUUUGUGUCUGUAGUUUUGAUUAGUUACAUAAAAAUUGUGCCUUUAAAAAGCUUUUACAAAGUUGAAGCACUUAAAGUAUGCGUAUAAAAAAUGUUUGACAAUUUGAAGCUUCGGCUAUUAAAAAAACUCAUUUCUCCGUGUUUACCGUUUUUUGUGUUUCUCUCCAGGUUCAGACUCUCCAUUGCACAGCUAAGUCAUUUUGCAAGCCAAUUAAUUGUAAAUAAGCCUAUAUAGGUUUGAAAAACUUCUAUUGCAUGCUUUUAAGAAAAUUAUAUUUUUUUUAUAUUUAUGAUGUUUUGGGAAAAUGCCUAGAAAAUCAUACAAUAAAAGACCACCAAAAAAUCUUUACUUCGUAGCUCCAAAAGUUUAGUGUAGUCUGAGCGCUUUGCGAAAAGCUAUAAGUUCUCCAAUCCUUUCUUCCUUGAUUAUGUGUUUUUUUCUCAAGAAACGGAGUAUACUUGAGCUUUUAUUGCAUACUUUGAUUGUUAAAUUAGAAAGUGAUUAAAUUUAAAUUAAAAUUUAAAAUUUAAUUAUUCAAUUUUGUGAAUGUAUCGCUAAAAGCAUAGAUUUAAUUUUCAAAUAUCAGUAAAUAAAAACGUUCACAUUGACAAAUUCGUAUGAUGCGUCUUAAAAGCUCAGCGUAAUUUAAGCGCCUUUUGGUGCUCUGUAAUUUUUCGCCCUUUAAAAUGUUUUAAAUUCCUUUCUAGAAAAGUUUCCAAAGGUCAGAAUUUCACUGCUGCAAUACUUGAAUUUUGUGUAAAACACUUACAAAUUAAUAAAAAAAAUCGGUUGCUACGGUUUGAAAAUCCAAACCUCUUUAUUUCAAAGAUUCUUUUUAACGCUCUGGUCACUCGACACGAACGGGCUACACUUUUUAAUUUACUUUAUCCACAAGUUCUUAAAUUUUAUAACAUAUCUGCAGGUUUUUGAAACCAUCAAUAAUGACUUCACUCUCCAUCUAUGAAAUUCAAUUCGAUUCAAAAUUUGAAUAUCAAAACGAGCGAAAGUCGAUCGAACAGUUCGAAUUUUGCUUAAAAUGAAAGAAUGCAAGAUUUACAAGAUUGCGCAAAUUGAAAAAUUUUCAUAGUGUGCGGUCAUUUUAGAGAAGGUGUGCGAGAGCAACGAGUCCGCUCCAAAAAACAGUCUAUGAAAAGUUAGGUUAGGUUUUUGUAAAGCUCGAAGAGAGUGAAAAUGAAAUGAGAAAAGUGUUAAGCUGCAAUUAGUGGUGCCCUACCUUAGCUAUAAUCGUAACUAUAGCCAUCAACUGUUCUGAUCAAACAUAUAGGUAUCACUAUAAACGAUAAUAAGUGCCGGACCAUAGCGCCAUAAUCAUAACCGUAGCCGUAUGUUUCUAUUGAAUUUGGGUUUUUCGUCGUAACCGUAAGCAGCUGCAAUAUACUUUACAUUUGUUUUGAUAUUUGCGUUAAAAAUUUGAAUAUAAGAAAUAAACGACGAAAAAUCAAUAGACUUAAUUGAAAAUUAAGAAAUUAAUUGUCAUUACUUCUACUUCAAUAUCAGCUGUUUAUGGUUACGGUUGACUAAUCACCAAGUGCUGCUGCGGCUAUAGUUAUGGUUACGGCUAUGGCGUAAUGGCUACGGCAACACUAAUUGCAGCUUUAGUCCUAAAGAAAAAAUGGGGAGAGCAGUUAUUUGUAAACACAACCAAUUCAAUGUGAAUGUAUUGUAAACUGUUCCUGUAAAGUUCCCAGAUGACUGAUAUACCGAUAACAAUACCACGAUAUACGCAACCUUAUUUAUACUCUUAACCGAUAUAUUCAGUAGAAAGCACUAACUUGAUUUAUGUUGUUUUAUCAAAAAUAGACAGAUAUGCGUCUUUUACUUCUAUGUACAUAUGUAUUACAAUAGUUAUUAGGCAAUUUGCUGGUCUUUAGUCUACAGCGCUUUAAUAUGUUUAAAUAUGUGUAAAUAUUUGCUUUUAGUGUUAAUAGUUUUUGAAAUUCCCUAUUUAAUAAUUUUUAUUUAGGAUUAGGGGAAGAGACUUUUUGUGUUUUUUUUUUCUUCUUUUUUUUCUUUUUUGCCUUCUUUUGCUUCUUUUCUCUAUGUAGGCCACCUAUGAAUACAAAAUAUAUACAUAAAUGUAAGCUUUAGGUUAUUAUGGUAAAACCCACACCCUCUUGCGAACUGUUUACGCAAAUAAAAACUUUGUUUUUUAACUAUUAUGUAACAGAAAAAAAUAAUUAUGUUAAAUAAAAUGUAAUUAUUGAGUGAAUACUUAUUUCAGUCAAUUAUUUGUUGUUAUUUGUAAAAAAAAAAUGAAAAAACUGGGCUUAAUUUCCUGUUAUAAAAUGUGUUCUUUGUAUUAAAUACAAGCACACAAAUACAUCUAUGUAUGUUAAGUGGUAUUUUAUUGUGAAAAAUGUUUAAAUGAAAUAUUUAUGCUAAACCAAGCUUUUCCACCAACAUUUCCUUAAACAUGCGCGUUAAUUUAUGUAUAAAAUAUUUAAUUCUCCGAAGCAGCACUAAACUUAAGUAAUGAUUUAUUUAAUUAUUGCAACAACAACAAACACAACCAAUGAGUAAAAUAGUCUUAAAAUGGAAGGAAAUAAAUAAUAAAAAAUAUGUAUGUGAAAAGAAGUUAUGUGUUUGUGCCUCAGGCUUAUUUGUGAAGAGAAUAAAUUGAAAAAAAGAGAAUAAAACGCAAAACGAAAAGCAAAAUGAAUUAUAUUAAAUGACUAUUCUUGUAACCAUAUACAUGCAUAUACCGUUAUAUAAAACUAAGUAUACAUUGCUUAUACAAAAAGAAAUAUUGAAUGAAAAAAUAAAAAAAUUAAAAAAUUUAUACAUACAUACAUAUAUUUACCAUUUACAAAAACAAACAACAAACAAAAUCUACGAACAAAUUACAAACCGAAAUGCGCAAUCGUCAAAUUCGCCGUCGCAUCGGCGAUGUUGUAAUCGCAUAGCUAACAAAUUUCUCAACACAACAAAAACACAAAAAACGAAGAAUGAAAAAUGAAAAGAGAUGUAUUGAAGUAACUUGUGGCAAACACAGAGUUACAACACGCAAAUGAAUGGAUUUUUAAUAAUAAAAUAAAACUCAGCAGGUUAAAUAUGCGCCAAAAUGAAAAAUUUUGAAAAUCUCGAAAAUUAAGAAAAAAAAAAACAAUUUUAACAAUAAAACUUACCAGCCGCUAAGAAAAUAGUAAUAGUAGCAAGCUUGCACUGCACUCUUAUAUACAUACAUACAUACGUAUAUGGACAUUCAGAAGCCGCCUGAUAGGGUUUUACACUAAGCCCACAAAACUAUAAACAAAUAAUGAAAAAAAAGAAAAAACCCAAAAUUCAGUAUGUAGAAAAUAUGUUGGCUGCAAUUUUUUUUUGUUUACCUUAACUCAACAAUAUCAAUAUAGGCAACUAGACAUACAUAUACAUAUACAUACACAUAUAAUAGUACAUAGCUUAUAUACCGCAAUCGCAGGCGUAGAAGCGUUAAUUAAGUUACAAUUCAUAGCAAACACAAAAGAAUCAAUACCCAAACCCCUCAAAUAAGUUAAUAAGAAUGCAUCUUGAUUUACCAAUAAAGGGAAUACAAGCAAAUUAUAUGCACGUAAGCAGUGAAGAAAUGUCAUGAGUGUAAUAGCAUGUAAAACCACACGACGUGCAUACAAAUUUAGUACGCGUCUCCAUACACAUACACACAUAUUAUAUAGAAGUACAUAGUGCGUAACUAAUAUAAAUAUAUAUAUACACAUAAAUGGAACUUCUUUUUGAUAAAAACAAAACAACGUGAAUGAAGUAAGAUUCUUAAGCCCAAAGGAAAUAAAAAAUUAAUAAAAUUAAAAAAACAAAAACGU